CCUCCUCCUCCUCCCCCUCCUCCUCCUCCCCCUCCUCCUCCCCCUCCUCCUCCCCCUCCUCCUCCUCCUCCUCCACUUCCUCCUCCCCCUCCCCCUCCUCCUCCUCCCCCUCCUCCUCCUGCUCCUCCUCCUCUUCCUGCUCCUCCUCCUCUUCCUGCUCCUCCUCCUCCCCCUCCUCCUCCUCCUCCUCCUCCUCUUCCUCUCUCAUCCUCCCCCCCUCCUCCCCCUCAUCCUCCUCCUCCUCCUCCUCCUCCUCCUCCUCUUCCUGCUCCUCCUCCUCCUCCCCCUCCUCCUCCUCCCCCUCCUCCUCCUCCCCCUCCUCCUCCACUUCCUCCUCCCCCUCCCCCUCCACUUCCUCCUCCCCCUCCUCCUCCUGCUCCUCCUCCUCUUCCUGCUCCUCCUCCUCUUCCUGCUCCUCCUCCUCCCCCUCCUCCUCCUCCUCCUCCUCCUCCUCCUCCUCCUCCUCCUCCCCCUCCUCCUCCUCCUCCACCU